AUGGAAGCUAUUUCGCAAUUACGUGGUGUUCCGUUGACACACCAAAAGGACUUUAGCUGGGUUUUUUUAGUAGAUUGGAUUCUCACGGUGGUGGCAUGUUUGACAAUGAUAUUCUACAUGGGAAGAAUCUAUGCAUACCUUGUAAGUUUUAUAUUAGAAUGGCUACUAUGGAAGCGAGCGAAAAUCAAGAUAAAUGUUGAGACACUUCGUGUCUCCUUGCUAGGUGGUCGAAUACAUUUUAAAAAUCUUUCCGUGAUACACAAAGAUUAUACAAUUUCGGUCUUAGAGGGUAGUUUAACAUGGAAAUACUGGCUUUUAAAUUGCAGAAAAGCAGAAUUAAUAGAUAAUGACAAGUCUUCUUCUGGCAAAAACGUAAAGCUUCCGUGCAAAAUUUCCUUAGAAUGCGAAGGUUUAGAAAUUUUUAUUUACAAUAGAACAGUAGCGUACGAUAACGUUAUAAACUUACUAUCCAAAGAUGAACGAGAUAAAUUUGAGAAAUACCUCAAUGAGCAUUCUUUUCCUGAACCUUUUAGCGAUGGAAGCAGCGCUGAUAAAUUAGAUGAAGAUCUAAGCGAAUCCGCCUAUACAACAAACUCCGAUGAAUCAAUAAUCAAUGAUAGGGAUUACCAAGAAACAGAUAUCGGCAAACAUCCAAAGCUUCUGAUGUUUUUACCGAUUGAACUUAAAUUCAGUCGCGGUUCCUUAUUGUUAGGAAAUAAAUUCACACCAUCUGUUAUGAUUUUAAGUUAUGAAAGUGGUAAAGGCAUAAUAGAUGUCUUGCCUCCUAAGGAGCGAUUAGACUUGUACAGAAAUAAAACACAAAUGGAAUUUAAGAACUUUGAAAUUUCCAUCAAACAAAAUAUUGGUUACGACGAUGCUAUUGGAUUGAAAUUCAAGAUAGAUAGAGGAAAAGUUUCAAAAUUAUGGAAAACGUUUGUACGAGUCCUACAGAUAGUAACCAAGCCUGUUGUAUCGAAACAGAAAAAAAAAAACGCAGGCCCAUCAGACGACAAUUUCUAUCAUAAAUGGAAAGGGUUAUCUCUUUAUAAAGCUGCUCCAGGCGACGCUAAAGCGAGCGAUUUAGAUGAUGUUGAAUUCGAUUUGACGAAUCAUGAAUAUGCUAAAUUUACAUCAAUUUUAAAAUGUCCAAAGGUCACAAUUGCAUAUGAUGUGGAUGUUCCAGGUGUCGUGCCACAUGGUGCGCAUCCAACGAUACCCGAUAUUGAUGGACCGGACGUAGGCAAUAACGGGGCACCUCCAGACUUUGCUUUAGAUGUUCAGAUUCAUGGAGGGUCCAUCUGUUACGGACCUUGGGCUCAAAGACAAGUCAGUCAUCUGCAGAGAGUUUUAUCACCUGUAGUAUCAAGAACAGCCAAACCUAUAAAGAAACUACCACCAGGUUCGAGAAGAAUAUAUACACUUUUCAGAAUGAAUAUUUCAAUAAUGGAAGAUACUACUUGGCGUAUACCAACGAGGGAAAGUAGCAAAGACCCUGAAUUCUUGCAACACUACAAAGAAACCAGUGAAGAGUAUAGGCCAUUUGGGUGGAUGGACCUCCGAUUUUGUAAGGACACCUAUGCAAAUUUCAAUAUAAGUGUGUGUCCCACGGUGCAAGGUUUUCAGAAUAAUUUUCAUGUUCAUUUCGUGGAAACCGAAAUUAGGUCAAGUGUUAAUCACGACAUUUUAUUAAAAAGUAAGGUAUUCGAUAUCGAUGGGGAUAUUGGAUAUCCAUUAGGUUGGAAUAGCAAAGCAAUAUGGAUAAUUAAUAUGAAGUCAGAGCAACUGGAAGCUUUUUUGCUACGAGAGCAUAUAACUUUAGUUGCGGAUACGCUUUCUGACUUUUCCGCUGGUGACCCUACGCCUUAUGAACUUUUUAGGCCAUUUGUAUACAAGGUCAACUGGGAAAUGGAAGGAUAUUCUAUUUAUUUAAACGUCAAUGAUCACAAUAUUGUUAACAAUCCGUUGGAUUUUAACGAAAAUUGCUAUUUGUCACUUCAUGGUGAUAAACUUGCUAUUGAUGUCACGGUACCCCGUGAAAGCAUUUUGGGGACAUACACAGAUAUGUCCUACGAAAUCUCAACUCCAAUGUUCAGGAUGAUGUUAAAUACUCCCCCUUGGAACACUUUAAACGAGUUUAUGAAACAUAAAGAAGUGGGAAGAGCAUACGACUUUACAAUUAAAGGUUCUUACCUUCUCUAUUCCGAGUUAGAUAUUGAUAAUGUUGAUACACUAGUCAUAGAGUGUACAAGUAACAGUACUGUGCUUCACUGCUAUGGGUUUGUCAUGAGAUAUUUAACAAACGUAAAGAUGAAUUACUUCGGUGAAUUUUUCAAUUUUGUGACUUCUGAAGAGUACACAGGCGUCCUUGGUGCCAGGGAGGUCGGAGACGUAACUACUAAGAGUUCAGUGAUGGAUUUGGCAUCUACUGUAGAUUCAGGGUAUCAGAAUAGCAGCUUAAAAAAUGAUUUUGAAGAUAAAGGUCCUGUGAAAAGAUCAGAUUUGAAAAGGACAACGAACGAGACUGAUAUUUGGUUCACAUUUUCGGUUUGGGAUGGUGCUUUAAUAUUACCAGAAACAAUUUAUAGUUUUAAUCCAUGUAUUGCACUGCAUUUUGCGGAACUUGUCGUGGAUUUUAGAAGUUGCAAUUAUUAUAUGGACAUAAUGGCAGUUCUCAACGGGACUUCGAUAAAACGGCACGCUUCAAAACAAAUAAAUGAAGUGUUUGAUUUGAUACGCCGUAAUAAUGGUGCCGAUGAACAAGAGCACGGAUCGCUUUCAGACCUCACCAUUCAUGGACACAGGAUGUACGGACUACCGCCUACAGAGCCCACCUACUUUUGUCAGUGGGACAUCAAUCUCGGUGAUUUGAGCAUUGAUUCAGACAUUGAAUUUAUAAAGGGAUUCUUUAAUUCCUUUUACAAGAUAGGCUUUGGCUACAAUGACUUGGAAAAUAUAUUAUUAUACGAUACGGAGACCAUUGAUGAUAUGACUUCAUUAACCGUGCACGUUGAAAAAAUAAGAAUAAGCCUUAAAGAUCCAGUAAUGAAAUCUCAGUCAGUUAUUAGCGCUGAAUCCAUAUUGUUUACCUUGAUUGAUUUUGAAAAUGAAAAAUAUUCACAAAGAAUAGACGUAAAAGUUCCAAAAUUGACGAUUUCUUUGAAUUGCGUAAUGGGUGAUGGCGUAGAUACAUCAUUUCUCAAAUUUGAAACAAAGUUAAGAUUCACAAAUUUUGAGCAAUACAAGGAUAUCGAUAAAAAAAGAUCAGAACAGCGCAGAUACAUAACAAUCCACGAUUCGCCCUACCAUAGGUGCCCUUUUCUCCUUCCGCUGUUUUACCAAGAUUCAGAUACAUAUCAAAACCUGUACGGGGCUAUAGCACCAUCCUCGUCUAUUCCAACUUUACCUCUUCCUACUUUGCCUGAUACUAUAGAUUAUAUCAUUGAAGAUAUUGUGGGCGAGUAUGCUACCCUUCUGGAGACUACAAAUCCAUUCAAGAACUUAUUCACAGAAACUCCAUCAACUAUUGGGCCUUCGGGAGCUAGUUUCACUGAAGACGACAACGACGAAGAAGCGGAUCCCUCAAGCUUCAAACCUAUUGCUUUUACAGAAGACAGAAAUCACGAAAGGGACAACUAUGUUGUUGAUGUUUCAUAUAUUCUCUUGGAUGUUGACCCGCUGCUUUUUAUUUUCGCCAAGAGUUUACUAGAACAGCUUUAUUCUGAAAACAUGGUGCAGGUCUUGGACGAUAUUGAAAUUGGAAUUGUGAAACGAUUAAGCAACCUUCAAGAAGGGAUUACUUCUAUUUCGAACAUUGAUAUCCACAUUGCUUAUUUAAAUUUAAUUUGGCAAGAAACAGGUGAGGAAGGUUUCGAACUCUACUUGGAUCGUAUUGAUUAUCAAAUGAGUGAAAAAUCUCUCGAGAAAAACCGAGCAAAUAAAUUAUUAGAGGUGGCAGCUUUAGCAAGGGUAAAAACUGUCAGAGUGACUGUCAAUCAGAAAAAAAAUCCAGAGUUGUCUGAAGAUCGCCCCCCUGCACUAUCGCUGGGCCUUGAGGGAUUCGAAGUAUGGUCCUCCACAGAAGAUAGACAGGUUAAUUCCUUAAACUUGACGUCAUCAGAUAUUACCAUAGAUGAAUCUCAAAUGGAGUGGCUCUUUGAGUACUGUAGUGACCAAGCAAAUCUUAUUCAGGAGGUUUUCACCUCCUUCCAUUCCAUUCAGAACACCAGAAGUAAUUCAAAGACAGAACUGAUUUCAAAACUUACAGCCGCAAGCGAAUAUUAUCAAAUUAGUCAUGACCCUUACGUCAUAACAAAACCUGCCUUUAUUAUGAGACUUUCUAAAGGACAUGUGCGUGAGAAUCGUAGUUGGAAGAUUAUUACGCGUCUAAGGCAUAUAUUAACGUACCUUCCUGGUGAUUGGCAAAGCAACAUCGACAAGGUGCUGAAAGAGAGGAAAUACACCUCUGACAAAGACGCCAAAAAUAUCUUCAUGUCUGUAUUUUCGACUUGGAGAAAUUGGGAGUUCUCAGAUGUCGCAAGGUCAUAUAUAUACGGUAAAUUAUUUCCAGCAGACAAUGAAAAGCAUAAACAAAAUUUGAUCAAAAAAUUAUUGAAGUGUACUAUGGGAUCAUUUUACCUUACUGUUUAUGGUGAGGGAUAUGAGGUUGAACAUAAUUUUGUUGUUGCGGAUGCAAACUUAGUAGUGGAUUUGACACCUCCUGUAACAAGCUUACCCUUAAAUCGAGAAGAGACUAUCGAAAUUACGGGGAGAGUAGGUUCAGUAAAAGGAAAAUUUAGUGAUAGAUUGCUUAAAUUGCAAGAUCUCAUUCCACUUGUUGCGGCAGUAGGCGAAGAUGAUAAAAGUGAUCCAAAAACGGAGCUAUCAAAGCAAUUUAAAAUGAACACCGUUCUACUAGUGGAAAAAAGUGAAUUGCAACUGGUGAUGGACCAAACGAAGCUCAUGAGCAGAACAGUUGGAGGUAGAGUUAGUUUACUAUGGGAAAAUCUAAAAGAUUCGACUAGUCAAGCGGGUUCAUUGGUUAUAUUUUCUCAGAAAUCAGAAGUGUGGUUAAAGCAGGCAUCUGUUAUUUUGGGAGAAGCUCAACUGCGCGAUUUUUCAAUUCUAGCCACUACUGAGGCAUGGUCACAUAAGCCUACGAUUCUUAUAAAUAACCAGUGUGCAGAUCUUCAUUUUAGAGCAAUGAGUUCUACAGAACAGUUAGUAACCGCUAUUACUGAAAUUAGGGAAAGUGUGCUGAGGAUUAAAGAGCGUAUAAAGUUUAAGCCCAAAUCAAAGAAAAAGUCCCAAUUUGUUGGGCAAAAGAUUAAUACAGUCCUGUCAUGUUAUUUUUCAAACGUCAGUUCUGAAAUUAUGCCCCUCUCGCCAUUUUAUAUCCGUCACGAAGCAAAACAGCUCGAUAUCUAUUUUAACAAAUUCGGUUCAAAUGAGAUUUUGCUAAGCAUAUGGGAUACUGAUUUUUUCAUGACAUCGCAUCAGACCAAGGAGCAAUACUUGAGGUUUUCUUUUGGCGAUAUCGAAAUUAAAGGAGGAAUUUCUAGAGAAGGCUACUCGUUGAUAAAUGUUGACAUUUCAAUAUCUAUGAUAAAGUUAACCUUUUCGGAACCGCGUCGUAUUGUGAACAGUUUUUUACAAGAUGAGAAGCUUGCUUCUCAGGGUAUUAAUCUUUUGAGUUCCUUGAAGCCUUUAUUUUUUAGUUCAGACUUACCAAAAAAAGAGAAGCAAGCACCUUCAAUAAUGAUAAACUGGACAUUAGAUACUAGUAUUAGUUAUUUUGGUAUUCUCGUGCCAGUGGCUUCCACAUAUUUCGUAUUUGAAUUACACAUGCUUCUACUUUCGCUAACCAAUACGAAUAACGGUAUGCUGCCGGAAGAAACCAAAGUGACAGGACAGUUUUCUAUCGAGAACAUCUUAUUUUUGAUAAAAGAGCGGUCACUACCCAUUGGUCUUUCGAAAUUACUCGACUUUUCUAUAAAAGUAUCCACCCUACAACGAACGGUUGAUACGGAGCAGUCCUUCCAAGUGGAAAGUUCCCAUUUCAGGGUCUGCUUAUCUCCUGAUUCUUUAUUAAGACUAAUGUGGGGUGCGCAUAAAUUAUUAGAUCUGAGUCAUUACUAUUCAAGACGCCAUGCUCCCAAUAUUUGGAACAUCAAAAUGUUCACCGGUAAAAGUGAUAAACCAAAAGAAAUGCCCAUAAAUUUCCGUUCUAUACACAUUCUGUCCUACAAAUUUUGUAUCGGCUGGAUAUUCCAGUAUGGAGCAGGCUCCGAUCCUGGGUUAAUUUUAGGUUAUAAUAGAUUGUUUUCAGCAUAUGAAAAGGACUUUGGUAAGUUUACAGUCGUGGACGCUUUUUUCUCUGUUGCAAAUGGUAGUACCUCAAGCACCUUUUUUUCUGAAGGAAACGAGAAGGACAAAUAUAAUAGAAGUUUCUUACCGAACAUGCAAAUAUCCUACUGGUUCAAAAGAUAUGGUGAGCUGAAAGAUUGGUUUUUUAGAUUUCAUGGUGAGGCACUGGAUGUAAACUUUGUUCCGUCAUUCAUGGAUGUUAUUGAGUCUACUUUACAAUCCAUGCGAGCAUUUCAAGAGCUAAAAAAAAAUAUUCUGGAUGUGUCCGAGAAUUCCCAUACGGAAAGUGAUAAUCCUUAUGCUAGCUCAAGUGUUGAAAGUGCCUCGAAUAGUUUGGCUCCUUUUCUCGAUAACAUUAGGUCCGUUAAUUCAAAUUUCAAGUAUGAUGGUGGUGUUUUUAGAGUUUACACAUACGAAGAUAUUGAAACAAAGAGUGAGCCAUCUUUCGAGAUAAAAAGUCCGGUAGUCACUAUAAACUGUACAUAUAAGCAUGAUGAGGAUAAGGCUAAACCACAUAAAUUCAGAACAUUAAUUACCGUCGACCCGACACAUAAUACGUUGUACGCAGGCUGUGCUCCUUUAUUAAUGGAGUUUUCAGAAAGUUUGCAAAAGAUGAUAAAGAAACAUAGCACUGACGAAAAGCCAAAUUUCACGAAGCCUUCUUCGCAGAAUGUUGAUUAUAAGCGACUCUUGGAUCAAUUUGAUGUAGCUGUCAAAUUAACGUCAGCUAAGCAACAAUUAAGCUUGAGCUGUGAACCAAAAGCUAAAGUCCAAGCGGAUGUUGGAUUUGAAUCGUUUUUGUUCAGUAUGGCUACCAAUGAAUUUGAUUCUGAACAGCCUCUGGAGUUUUCUUUAACUUUAGAACACACAAAAGCAUCCAUUAAGCAUAUAUUUUCAAGAGAAGUAAGUACGUCUUUCGAAGUUGGUUUCAUGGACUUGACGCUUUUAUUUACACAUCCUGAUGUAAUCAGUAUGUAUGGGACAGGAUUGGUUUCUGAUCUAAGCGUCUUUUUCAAUGUGAAGCAGCUUCAGAACUUGUAUUUGUUUUUGGAUAUAUGGAGGUUCAGUAGCAUUUUGCACACGCGGCCAGUACAAAGAUCCAGUAGUAAGGAAAUUGAUAUGAGUUCGUUAACAUCGACUAACUAUUCCGAUGUGGGCACAGAAAUACCCUGGUGUUUCACAUUAAUCUUCACCAAUGUCAGCGGGGACGUUGAUUUGGGCCCUUCUCUCGGUAUGAUUUCAUUAAGGACCCAGAGGACAUGGCUAGCCACAGAUCAUUAUAAUGAGAAGCGGCAGUUACUGCAUGCUUUUACUGACGGUAUUAGCUUAACUUCAGAAGGCAGACUGAGUGGUUUGUUUGAGGUCGCAAACGCAAGCUGGCUAUCAGAAGUCAAAUGGUCACCUGAAAAGAGCAAAAAUAUGCAUCCAUUAGUGUCUACCUCCCUAAACAUUGAUGAUAUAGCAAUAAAGGCUGCUUUUGAUUAUCAUAUGUUCUUGAUCGGCACUAUAAGUAAUAUACAUUUCCAGCUUCACAAUGAAAAGGAUGCCAAGGGGAUUCUACCCGACUUGUUACAAGUCUCUUUUUCAUCAGAUGAAAUUAUGCUCAGCUCUACUGCAUUAGUUGUUGCAAAUAUUCUGGAUAUCUACAACACCAUUGUACGUAUGAGGCAGGAUAAUAAAAUUUCAUAUAUGGAAACGCUGAGAGACUCGAAUCCUGGUGAAUCUAGGCAACCAAUAUUAUACAAGGACAUUUUGAGAUCAUUGAAAUUAUUAAGAACAGAUCUUUCGGUGAAUAUUUCCUCUUCAAAGAUUCAAAUUUCGCCAAUAUCUUUAUUCGAUGUGGAAGUGCUAGUAAUAAGGAUUGACAAAGUCUCUAUACGUUCCGAAACACAUUCAGGGAAAAAAUUAAAGACAGAUUUACAACUGCAAGUUCUAGAUGUUUCAGCAGCACUUUCUACUUCGAAAGAAGAACUAGAUGAGGAAGUUGGAGCCUCCAUUGCCAUUGAUGAUUACAUGCAUUAUGCGUCUAAGAUUGUUGGUGGUACUAUCAUUGAUAUUCCAAAACUUGCUGUUCACAUGACGACUUUACAAGAAGAAAAGACAAAUAAUUUAGAAUAUCUCUUCGCUUGCUCUUUUUCAGACAAAAUAUCUGUAAGGUGGAAUCUAGGGCCUGUGAAUUUUAUCAAAGAAAUGUGGACUACACAUGUCAAAGCACUGGCAGUUCGUCGAUCACAGGUAGCAAAUGUUUCGUUUGGACAAACAGAGGAGGAACUUGAAGAAUCAAUCAAAAAGGAAGAAACCGCUUCCAAGUUUAACUAUAUCGCACUCGAAGAACCACAGAUCGAAGUGCCUCAAAUAAGAGAUCUGGGAGACGCUACUCCACCUAUGGAAUGGUUUGGGGUCAAUAGAAAAAAAUUUCCGAAAUUCACUCAUCAAACUGCAGUAAUUCCCGUACAAAAGCUCGUUUAUCUUGCGGAAAAGCAGUAUGUCAAGAUACUGGAUGAUACGCAUUAA